AAACAGAGUAAUUUCGUAAUAUCUUUUUCAUUCAUCAAUUAAAGAGGCGUAGACGAACAAGCUGGAAGUGCCUCUCUCUCUCUCUCUCUAAAUUAUAUGUCGUGAGCAUCUGGUGCAUUUUUGUAGCUAUUGAAGGAGAAGGCGUCGAAGCUCGAAUUUGUUCAGAGGAUUGUGGAAUUGUUUGUAUACUCCGAUUGGAUUUCUGAUGCGAAUUUUUGACUCGAGAGGUGCUGGAGAUAUUAGAUAUAUGAUUAGCUUCCUGCUUCAUAAGAUCUGAAUUGGAAGCUGCGGCUUGUCCUUGUUUCACCGUCAAUAGUCAUGCGAACGUUCGGAGACUCUUCUGGCGUGAUUACUGUGAAUUGACGUUUUUCCGCAGCAGGUAUGGUUCUGUGUUGGCCGCUUUUGAGACGAUGAUACGAAUGUUUGGCUUAGAAAUCCAGAUUUCGAAAGCUUCUGUUCUCUCAAUUGCAGAUUCGGAUGAUUUUGUUAGCUGAUAUAUGAAAUCGGUAUUAUCUGCUGAAGAACAGAGUGCAGUGAACAGAAUUGAAGUUCGCCGGUGCAGCGAGAUGGAGAGGAAGAAUUCGCAAGCGACCAAUAGAGAUGGUUUGCUGUACAGAUCACUAUCCAAGUCAGCCGCUACGACGUCGCCGGACUUCGUGCUGCAGUGGGGGAAUCGGAAAAGGUUACGCUGUAUGAAGGUCCACGCUAAGGGCGCUACAACUAACGACCCGGUCGGUUCGGAUCCGUCUCAGCGAGCAGCGGCCCGCGUGGACCGGCGGGUCGUUAGAUCUGAGCUUCUCACCAAUAACAAUAACAACACUAGCAAAAAUCCGAUCCCGAAUCCGCCUACCAUCACCAAUGGCUAUCUGAACCUCCGCCACCGCUCCGCCUCGCCUUCUAAUCGAAUUCUCAGAAAUUCAGAGAGAGAAAUUGGUAUGAGAGGGAAUAGCAAUGGAGUGAGGGGGUUGGCCUCCCCAGAUACAGGUGAAAGAAAAGCCACAUCUACUAGCAAUAAUGCUCAUAAUAACAAGACCAAUAAUAGCAAUCACAAUCAUGAAAACCACCAUCACCAGGGCGGCGGCGGAGGUGGUUCUGGGUCAUCGGAGAACGCCCAUGAUGCCAAAAAGGGCGACGGCGACGCGGCGGCACAACCGCCCGUGGUGUGGCCCAAGUUUGUGAUCGCCUUGACCAACAAGGAGAAGGAGGAGGAUUUCAUGGCGAUUAAAGGGUCCAAGCUCCCUCAACGCCCCAAGAAGCGAGCUAAGUUGAUUCAACGCACACUCAAUCUUGUGAGUCCGGGUACUUGGCUUUGCGAUUUGACCCUCGAACGUUACGAGGUCCGUGAGAAGAAGGUUUCCAAGAAGAGACCAAGAGGGUUGAGAGCUAUGGGAAACAUGAUCGAAUCAGACUCCGAGUAGAAGGAAUGUUAGGGUUUGAGAACUGAGAAGUGUAUUUAAAUUAAUUUAAAUUGAAGAAAAAAAAAACUAAAAAUUAACGGGAGAUGAGAAAUGAGAUUGUGAAAUUAAUUCUAA